AUGAUUACGUUGACGGAGACUCCAAUCACAGUUGUCAAUACAUACUUACUGUCUGGUUGGGCUGGUGGAACUGAAAUAGUGACAAAUAAAGUUAAAUGGAACAUUGUCCGGAGUUUGGGUGUAAACGUUGAUCAUCAAAUAGUGCAGUCGAAUGAAUGGUCAAAACAAAGCGAGAACGAAAACGGAGAAUCAGCGGUGUUUCUGAAGACGUCUUUAGAUGGCGACCGCUCCAUCGUCAAUGUCGAUAAACCAGCUUCACUUAUACACCAACCAAAAACCAACACAGUCUUCAUUGAACCGUUAAUGACAACAGCAACUGCAUUCACUUCAGUGGCCGGUACUCCCACUGCUAAUUCUACCAUUACUACUGCUCUUACUGGUAAUAAUAACAGUAACAAGAUCAAUGAUAGGAAUUAUAAUACACAAACUAAAAGCAAUACAACAGCGGAGGAUGCAAAAUCGAAUCAUUAUAUCAUAACAAGCAACACUCAAAAGUCCACCAAACUAACUUCUCCGUCAACAACGGCUCAGUUAAUAAGAAGCACAGAAACGUACACCGAUACCUUUCCACAGGCUUCAACAAUACAGCCCACAACAGCACAUCAAGUAAAUACACUAUCAAAAAUGGCUGAGAAGCAACUACCUUCGCAACAAAUGAAAUAUAUUGACGAAAUAAAUCACAAGGAUGAUACAUCAGCUGAGAUCAAUACAGAUGAGCAGCACCCUACAAUUCAGCAGCAACUGCACAUUAGUAGCACAAGUCGUGCAUUCGGAGAUGACCAAUGGCAGUCAAGCGAAACGAUGCAACAUGCAAUUAAUCAACAGCCAUUAUUACCCACUCCAACACGAAUCUAUCCUCAACCCAAUAUUACUGGAGCGUAUCUAGAUCGGUUGAUAUGA